GAGAUCUAGGCGUCAACCCGUGGGCCAUGAGAGAAGUUUGCAUUUUCCAAAAAUGAGAGGCUACUCAAUUAUUUUCCACUGAAUUAAACUGCCUUUUUCUUUGAUAGAUGUUUUUACACAAUGUCGAGAAUCUAUGAUAGCUGGGAGAAGUUGGUGAGGGCAGUUCUGAGGAGAGAGGAAGACCGCCAAAUUGCACUUCGUCCAAGCUUCAGCAGCUCAAGUUCAGCUGAUGUCAGCUCACGUUCUAGUUUCGAUUCAACUUUCUUUUUUGAUCCUUUCUUCUUUGGAGAUGUUCAUGCGCCUUCUGGUGUUGAUAAACAAAUUGAUCAAACUGGGUCCAGUAUUUGGGAUGUUGAAUUUCAGCCCUUGAAUGAUAUGAUAUCAGCCUGUAGAAUUUCGGGCGAGAAGCUUGAUCCUGCACAUCUUUCUAGUCAGGACACUUUCUUCUUCCGUAAUGUGAUGGCCAUAGAAUAUGAAGAGAUAAGAAAAGCUACCAAAAACUUUACAGCCGACCUGUUGGUGGGGGAAGGAGGAUUUGGUAGCGUUUAUAAGGGAUGGAUUGACGAGCACAAUCUUACUGCGGUGAAGCCUGGAUCUGGAAUUGCUGUUGCUAUCAAGAAGAUGAAUCAUCAAGGAUUGCAAGGACAUAAGGAGUGGGUGGAUGAAAUACAUUAUUUGAGCCAACUCCAUCACCCGAAUUUGGUGAAGCUUAUUGGAUAUAGCUGUAACAAAGACGAGAGGAUUGUGGUGUAUGAGUUCAUGCCCAAAGGAAGCUUGAACAAUCACUUGUUCACAAGAGGGCAUCUAUUCCUUCCUUGGGCAACAAGAACCAAAGUGGCUAUAGGUGCUGCCAGAGCUCUUGCCUUCUUGCACAACUUGGAAAUACCAGUCAUCCAUCGAGGCAUUAACAGUCGUGAUUUUCUUUUGGAUGGCGACUUCAACACCAAGUUGUCGGACUUUGGCCUUGCAAGAGAUGGUCCUACUGGUGAUAGGACUCAUGUAUCAACUCGAGUCAUGGGUACAUAUGGAUAUGCUGCUCCAGAGUACAUGGCAACAGGUCACUUGACUACGAGAUGUGAUGUGUUCGGCUUUGGAGUCGUUCUGCUCGAACUAAUGUCAGGGCUUCGAGUUAUUGACAGAAUGCGGGCUGCUGGAAAGCAUAAUCUGAUGGAUUGGGCAAAACCUUAUCUAAAAGACAAAAGGAGAGUGUCGAAGAUAGUGGAUAGCAGAUUAAUGGGUAAAUAUCCUCCCAAAGAGGCACGCAAAGUUGCCAAAAUAGUGCUGCAGUGUGUGAGUGAAGAUCCAAGCUUAAGACCGAGGAUGUCUGAGGUUGUAGCUGAACUAGAAAAACUGUACUAACCAAGCAUGUUUUGGAAUUGG